CAAGGUUCUCACAAACACCUGACACGAAGCCACGCGGAUUUAUUCGUUUAUUCGUUUAUUCGUCUAUUCGUGAAUGCAUGUCCGAAUCAGCUGCCACCAGACAUCGUAAAGAAUUAUGGGGAUGGCUGAGCUACGCAUUCGCCAGUGAGGUGUUUGCUGUUUGCUCUCUGUCUUUGUUCCUCCCCAUCUGCCUGGAACAGUUUGCUCGUGAUAAUGGAUAUCUGCUCCCUGAUCGUGUCGAGAAAUGCUCGCUUGUUGGCCAAGCGGAUGAUGCUAGAUGUGUCGUGAAACUUGGAUGGACAUGGAUGGACACUGCUAGUUUUAGUCUAUACGUUUAUUCUGCAUCUGUAGCUCUUCAGGCCUUGACAGUAAUAUCCCUCGGAAAUUUGGCGGAUAAUCCUACUUAUCGUCGUUCGCUCCUUCUGCUCUUCGCAUUCGCGGGCUCCGCAUCGAGUCUCCUCUUCAUUUUCCUCCCUUCCACGUCUCUGCUUUGGCCUUUGAGUGCACUGCUUGCGAUAAUCGCGAAUGUUUCGUUUGGGACGAGUAUGGUCUCUUUGAAUUCUUACCUGCCCUAUCUUGCUCGUUCCGACCCUGACCUACAAGCCUUGCAGAGCCAGCGUUACAGUCAAGCGGCCAAUCUCGGGUCCGCUGCCGAACAAGUAAAUCGUGAUUACGAUGGAGAUGAGGAAGUUUCUCAAGACAAUCGUGAAAUGCGCCAGGAGCUGGAACCUUUAACGGGCGCACUAAGUAUACACACCCCCACCGGUUUGAGGCAUGACAAGGAGUAUAAUGCUGCACUUUCUCUUACAAUCUCACGUAUAUCAUCCCGAGGGAUUGCCACUGGAUAUGCUGCAGGAAUUGUUUUGCUCUUGAUCCUAUUGAUUCCGAUAAAUCAACUCAACGGCUCAACAUUUUCUCUCGAUUGGCGAUUGCCCUCACUGGCCUUUGGAAUGUCGCCCUCAGAAGGAGAUGAAUUGGACGCCUACAUCCAACCUUCGUUCUCGACUCAGGGCAUUUUUUCUCAAAUCUCGGAGGCUUGGGUUCAGCUUGUACGAACGUUUAGACCCAAGGAAAUCGCUAAAGUUAAAAACACUUUCUGGUUCCUCCUUGCUUGGUUCCUGCUCAGUGAUGGCUUCACAACGAUAACAUCUACCGCCAUUCUCUUUGCUAAAACCACUCUUCACAUGGGGGCAUCUUCUCUCGUCCUUAUAGGGGCUCUUUCACCAGCCGCUGGAAUGAUCGGAGCAGUAGCGUGGCCGAUCGCACAACGUAAAUUGAAGUUAAACAAUAUCCAAACCCUUACCGUGCUUGUCAUCAUCACUCUUCUGAUACCCGCAUAUGGAUGUCUUGGUUUCCUCCCGUACUUUCGAAGCGGGAAGGUAUCGGCUCAGGAAAUUAACAAAGUGGGUGUGCUCAGAUUUGGUGGCCUGACAACACCGGGGGAGAUGUAUGUUUUAGCUACACUCUUUGGAUCCAUAUACGGCGCCUUCCAGGGCUAUGCUCGGGCAGUCUUUUCGGAGAUCAUUCCACCAGGAGAGGAAGCACGAUGGUUUGCACUCUAUUCCAUCACUGACAAGUCAAGCUCCUUUAUUGGCCCAAUGGUGGUCGGCCUGAUAGCGGACACUACGGGAAAUAUACGUUAUGGAUUUUUCUUUCUCCUCAUCAUGAUUGCGAUUCCUAUUCCAAUCCUUAUCAAGAAGAUCGACAUGGCUGCCGGGAGGAUGGAUGCACAAACAUAUGUCCGAGGUCGCGCUGGUUCCAGCGCUCAUGAAUAAUUGUCAGCUUCAACUCCCAUACACAGCCUGGGAAUAUCGCAGUUUGAGGCUCUCGAUGUCGGCCCCCGACUUGGAUGCGUUUCCGGGAUAACUUGUGCUCCGCCUUUAUGGGAUCUCGCCAUCAAGCUAAGGAGGGAGAUUCUGUGGCAUUCUGAUCUGGAGGGCGUUGUGCUUGUCAAGUUGUUUUACGUGAACACUAUUGUGGGACUCCGACGUUGUAUUUAGUGUGUGUGGGUUGGCCUGGGCUGCUCCCUCGAGCGCCAAGGGUAUUUUAUUAAACAAUCGUAA